UGUGACCCCGAACGCUGGUGAGAGACCAAUGUAACUUUGGUCCAUACUUUCCCACGUUGAUUCUGUUGGGUAGUAAUUUAUAUCAGUAGUUUUAUUCCGUCCAAACGCCAUGGCAUUGCUGAAGGACAUUAUCGGCGUGGUUCUGCUUUUCGUGGCGUCGCUAGUCGCCAGGUUGCUAAGCGUAGUUCGGCUGAUUUUCCCGCCCGCCAAGAAGUCUGUCUCGGGCGAGAUCGCGCUGAUCACCGGGGCAGGUAGCGGGCUCGGCCGCGGCAUGGCGCUCAGCUUCGCCCGCCUGGGGGCCACCAUCGUCGCCUGGGACAUCAACGAGGAGGCGAACGAGGCGACUGUGCAGAUGAUCCGGCAGGAAGGAGGGAAGGCGUUCGGCUUUGUGUGCGACUGUAGCAAGAGGGACGACAUCUACAGGGUCGCGCAGAAGGUGAAGAGCAGCGUGGGUCACGUGACCAUCCUGAUCAACAACGCUGGGAUCGUGACGGGCCGGAAGUUUCUGGACUGCCCUGAUGACCUCAUCCAGAAAACCAUGGACAUCAACACCAACGCGCACUUCUGGACCACGAAAGCAUUUCUCCCUCACAUGGUGGAACAGAACCACGGACACCUGGUCAGCAUCGCGUCCGCAGCUGGGCUCGCUGGAACAGCCGGGCUGGCCGACUACUGCACCAGCAAGUUUGGCGCUGUCGGGUUCGCGGACUCUAUCAGGGUAAGGCUUUGUUUGUUUGUUUAUUUGUUUGUUUAUUUUGUCUGCCGCUGGGUUAGCUGGAACAGCCGGGCUGGCUGA